AUGUCGUCCACUAAACAAUCAGCUGAUAGUGAAUAUGAAAUUGCUUAUCGUUCUACGAUCCAACCCCGUACAGCUGUACGUACUCAAAGCCGACAAUCUGGAAAUUACAGCAGUGGUACGGUUGGUGGAGGAGGUCGUGUAUUGAAAAUGGUCACUGAAAUGGGCUCCGCAUCCAUUGGUGGCAUAAGCCCGGCACUCAGUGCAAAUGCUGCAAAAUCAUUUCUGGAAGCAACAGAUAAAGAAAAGAAGGAGAUGCAAGGCUUGAAUGACCGUCUUGGCAAUUACAUCGACCGUGUAAAGAAGCUUGAGGAACAGAACCGGAAGUUAGUCGCUGAUCUUGAAGAGUUGCGUGGACGUUGGGGAAAAGACACAAGUGAAAUUAAAAUCCAAUAUUCCGAUUCACUGCGAGAUGCUCGCAAGGAGAUUGAUGAUGGAGCAAGACGGAAGGCUGAAAUCGAUGUCAAAGCAGCACGACUUCGUGAUGAUCUUGCUGAAAUUCGCAGUCGAUACGAAGACGUGCAGCAUCGACGUGAAAACGAUCAUGAAAAGAUCAAUCAAUGGCAGCACGCAAUCGAUGAUGCACAAAGUGAAUUGGAAAUGCUUCGAGCCCGUUGGCGUCAGUUAACUGAUGAAGAGAAACGCUUAAACGGAGAUAAUGCUCGUAUUUGGGAAGAACUUCAGAAAGCACGAAACGAUUUGGAUGAAGAAACGUUAGGACGUAUCGACUACCAAAAUCAAGUGCAAACACUCAUGGAAGAAUUGGAAUUUUUACGACGUGUGCAUGAACAAGAAGUCAAGGAACUUCAAGCUUUGUUGGCGCAGGCUCCAGCUGAUACACGUGAAUUCUUCAAGAACGAAUUGGCACUGGCUAUUCGUGAUAUCAAAGAUGAAUAUGACUAUAUUGCUAAACAGGGCAAGCAAGAUAUGGAAAGUUGGUACAAACUCAAGGUGUCAGAAGUGCAAGGCACUGCAAAUCGCGCUAAUAUGGAAGCAAAUUAUCAACGUGAAGAAGUGAAACGAAUGCGUGACAACAUUGGUGACCUUCGUGGCAAACUUGUACAAAACUUGAACAAUCAGAAUUUUUUUGUGAUAUUAAAUACAAAAUCAGAACUUAACGAUGAUCAAAGACAAUAUGAAACAGCUUUAAAUGAUCGCGAUGCAACUUUACGUCGUAUGCGCGAGGAGUGUCAAACUUUGGUGGCUGAAUUACAAGCACUUUUGGACACCAAACAAAUGCUCGAUGCUGAGAUUGCUAUUUAUAGAAAGAUGUUGGAGGGUGAAGAAAGCCGCGUUGGUCUUCGUCAAAUGGUCGAACAGGUUGUUAAAACGCAUUCUCUGCAGCAACAAGAAGAUACAGAUUCAACACGCAGCGUACGUGGUGAAGUUUCGACGAAAACGACGUUCCAACGGUCUGCUAAGGGGAGUGUAACAAUUUCUGAAUGUGAUCCAAAUGGAAGAUUCAUCAUGCUCGAGAAUAAUCAUAGAAGCAAAGACGAAAAUCUUGGUGAGCAUAAGCUUCGGAGAAAACUUGAUAAUCGUCGAGAAAUUAUUUAUACUAUCCCACCAAAUACUGUUUUGAAAAUAUGGGCACGUGACCAAGGUGGUCUGCAUAGUCCACCAGAAUCUUUGGUGUAUGAUGGAGAGAAUACGUGGGGUAUUGGUGCAAACGUGGUGACAACGUUAAUUAAUAAAGAUGGUGACGAACGCGCUACUCAUACGCAGAAAACAAUACAAACAGGACAAUAA